UGCUUGUCUGUUUGCGCUACUCUCGCCUCGUGCCACUGACGUACUAUAAUAUGCUGCUGUUCUCUUGCCUUUCUAGAAAAACCGCAUCCCGCAGAUUAACCAGCCUUUUCGAAACCCCGCCCACAGCUCUGACGACACAAGCUUCUUUGAUCGUCGCCUCCAACCAUUGAUAAACGAGGCGUCCAGCGCUUUUUGAAGUAGCUUAGACUUACAUUUCAUCAUAUUACCAUUCAAUUUUCUCGACCUAGCACAUCGACAUGGAGACUAUAAACCGAACUUUUAACAACGCCUCAAAUGCUCUAUGGAGCGAGAUCCAUCCCAAUCAAACCCCAGAUGACCAAUUUGCCAGCCAGCAGCAUGGCGACGAGCCUCUCUCUGGAAUCCAAGGCAGAGGAACUGCGACGGACCCCUAUGACGCCGGAAACCGUGACGAACAACCUGGCGCUCCUAGGACAAAGGAAAACACCGCCGUCAUCCCUGAAUCACUUGCGUCUACCGAUGCUGACCACGCCCGCAACCCCAAGUCACCCAGCAAUGCCGACUUCGGGCCCAAAAAUGUUUUCGUCAGUGAGCCAUACCAAGGCCAGCAGAUGAACUACCCCACAAGAGGUGCUACCUCUGGUAAUAAACAGUGGCAGUCUCAGGCAGCUGUUCCUGAGCAGCGAACCCAGGCCUCCACCUACGGUCAGGGAAGCCAAACCUCCGGUAUGGGAAGCCAGUACACCCAAAAAGGCAGAGAGACCGCGGGCUCGUCCUCGGCCACUAGUGGUGCGUAUGCCUACUCUGGCCAAGGAGUCCGGGAUACCACUGCUGUUCGUGACAAUACCUCCACGGCCAGGGAUCAGGGAGUCUUAGGCAAAUCAAACAUUUCUGGCCCUACUGGCGCCUAUGCCCCUUCUGGCCAGGCGGCUCAGGAUGGAGUGGAUGCACGAGAUCGAGUAAACGUGCCUUCAUCGAUUAACAAGGGAACAGCGUACCAACGAACCUCCAGCGCUGGACAAUUUGCUCAGCAAAUGCCAGAUAACGCAGCCAAGUCUAUGCAGAAAGACAAUGAAUACGGUAGUACAACGGCCACUGGAGGUGUUGCUGGUGGCGUCAUGGGACAAGGAACCAAGAGCAACGUCGGUCAAGGAGCUACUCAGAGCGUCACAGACGACAACGCUGGAACCCGCUCAUUGCAGAAGGACACGGCAUCUCCUAGCUCAGCAGUCGCCGGAGGCUCCAUCGGAAAACAGAACGCCAAUGACAACAUGAAGGCACGGGAUGCCCAACAAGAAAAAUUGUCCGCAGCCAAGUCAACCUCAUCAGCAACUGACUCCACUCCCAGUGGAGUAGAUGCAGUGAACGCAAGGAGCCAGGUGCAGAACAAAGAAUCUCGAGUUUACCAUGACAAGUCAACACAAGAUGAGACCGGCGAUGUGGUUGGCUCUACUCAGAAAGGCAGCGGUAUGGGAGAGACCGACCAAGGUGGUUCUGAUUCCCAAGAGAAAGGCAAAGAUAGUGCAGAUGGCACUGGAGACAAGCUUCCCAGGAAUACCAAAGUUAGCGAGGAAGCGCUGAAAGGUCCUAAGACCCCGGCGCGGGAACCCUACGAAUUUGAGAAGCGCCUGGAUCGUGGGUACAGCCGCUCGAAACCAUCAGGUCCCGACACUAGCAAGAGUUCCAACGAAGGAGGAGCGGCAGCAGCACAAAAAACUAAGGCAAAGGAAAACGGUCACCAGCAUCACGGUCCCAUUACUCAGCUGAAGGAGAAAGUCUCCAAGGUUCUUCAUCACAACAACGGCAACGGCAACGGCACGAAGGCAUAAAUGAGGUGGCUAAUAUGAUAUCAUUCCGUUAAUCGGUUUACAUUUCGAGAUUGAAUGAUUUCACGGUUCCACAAGUUAUGAUCAUGUAUUAUUAAUAGUUCGGGAAUUGGCCACGGUCGGCGCGGUAAUGUUUGAGGUUGAUUUAAUGUUUAUGUUCCUCAUCAAGUCUGGAAUACACUUUCAGGAGGGAAAAUAAAUGUAAUUUACUCUUUUCUGCGAAAGUAUUGAUAUCCUGGGAACAAAUGAAAUUUGGUAAUUCGAC